CCUUAAAUUGUCAACAGCCGUUGCUUUUGGCAGUAAUGGAGAUGGGCAAACAAGUUGUUUUACAGGAAGAGUAUAAUGAAAAUUAUGAACCUACCACAGAAGAGCUGCUGGAGUACUGUAAACAGAUUGGACUCGACCCCAAAGAGGAUCCAGAUUUAAUGUGGAUAGCAAGGGAAGGUCUCAAAGCUCCUCUUCCAUCAAACUGGAAACCAGUCAAAGACAGCGAUACUGAAGACGUUUAUUACUUCAACUUCACGAGCGGGGCUAGUACAUGGGAUCAUCCUUGCGACGAAUAUUAUCAAAAGCUGCUGGAAAAAGAAAAAGGAAAGAAGCAAAAGAAGCAAAAACCAAAACAAGUAAACAACUUGCACAACAAUUCUCCUGCUUCCCGUUUCGGGUUACAGCCUUUGAAGGUUGGUGUUGGUCUUGCUCCUGGUGGCCUUCCUCCUGCGGGUCUUGCUCCUCUCAAGCUUCCAGGUUCAGAGAGUGUCAUUAAGCCACCAUUAGGGCCACUCAGAGGCAUUCCUCCUCUUAAGAAAAGCAUUGAAAGCUCUCUGACAGGGUCAAGUUCAGGAAGUGCACUGAAUCCAUUGGUAGGCAAAGCUAUGACUGGGAAGCCGGCCAUGAAUGUGGGUGAGAUGCAGCUGAGUCGUGAAGAAGAAUCUGAUGAUGAUGUUAGUUUUGAAAUUGCUGGCAAGUUGUCUCAGCAUGACAUUGCUGCUCUUGGUUAUGUGGAAUCGGGAUCAGAACAUAUGUCAGAUCCUGUUUCUAAUCGACCAGAUGUUAACCCAAUGAUGCAGAGUGAGAGUUUUCUGGAUAGUGAAAGUGAACCAGAGUUUGGGCUGGCAAAUCAUUUGGUUGGUCUCAGUCCUGAUCUUCUUAAACCAGCAGCACAGCAGACAGACACUUCCACAGAAAAGCAGCAUCAGAAGCCAACUACUGAUCUAAAGAACUCUGCAUUUACUAGUCAGGUUGCAGCAUUGAAUACAACAACAGCAACAAACACAAAAGUGGCUGCGCUAAACGUAGUUGGAAAUAUGCGAUAUGAGGAAGAAGAUGAAGAAGACAGUGAUGACAUCAGUGACAAUUCAGAAGAGAGGAAUGUAGAAGAGGCAAGACUAAAGGCAGUGUCUGCUGCUGUUGGUAGAGCAUCUAUACAUGCAGAGAUUGCAAAGCAGGAGGAGCUGCAAAAGGCAGAACUUGAAAAAGUGGCUGAACAGCAUCAUAAGGAACUAGAAGAGUUAAGAGGCAAGUUUCAAGGUGAGCUGACUCGUGAAAAGAUGCGAUUGGAGCAAGAGAAGGAAACCGAAUUGAACAAGCUUCGAGCACGUCUCAAUCAAGAGAAAAUUGCUGAAGAGGCUAAACUGAAACAGAACAACAAAAACGCUUUGGAGAAGAUGAAGAAGACAAUGGGGGAAGAAAAAGAUGAUGAGGAAGCCAGAAUGGCAGAGCAAAAGCAAGAGGCUGUGAGAAAGAUAAAUUUGGAACUGAAGAACAGUAAAGAGCAAGCUGAAGCUGAGGUAAAAGACAAGCACAAGAGAGAGCUUGAUGUCUUAAGAGUGAAAUUAGAAAAUGAGAGGGUUAUUGAAGAGAGGAGGAUUAAAGAAGAGAGUGAGACAGCUUUGCAAGAGCUGGAAAUUGAACUAAAAAAUAGAAAAGAUAGUAGGCAAGCUGAAUUAGCAUCAACAUGUGAGCAUGAACUUGACAAUAUUAGGAAACAGUUUGACGAGAGGUGUAGAAAGGUAAGAGAUGAGCUAGAACAGCAACAUGACAAUGAAGUAGCACUGUUACGAGAAACAAUGACCAAAGAACAUUCCCAGGCUAUUGCAACAUUACGUGUUCAACUGGACGAUACUAGCAGAAAGGAAAAGGAUAGACUAACUGAGCAGCUGGAGCAACUUCGAGGAGAUGUUGCAAAAAAUGAAACAGCUGCCAGAGAUCAGAUGCAGAAAGAAUUUGAAAUGAAGAAAGUAAAACUUGAGGAGGAACACAAGGGCCAAAUUGCAGCUUGUAUUACUGCUCAUCAAGAGAAAAUAGAUGCUAUGCAGAAGGAGUUUGCCUCUCAAGAGGCAGAAGAGAGAACAAAGCUUGACAAUGCUUUGGAAGGAAUAAAAAGAGACGGACAGCAGGCCAUUGGAGACAGUAGAAUGCAGCUAGAAGAAGAAAGACAGACACUGUUGGUUGACACAGAACAGCAGAAGGAAGAGAUUCUGCUCUUGAGGAAGUCAUUAGAAGAACAGCAAGAGCAGCUCAAAAUGUGGAAGCGUGAAAUGGAAGUUGAGGAAGAGAGAAUUGCAGAAACUCGUAAUCACUUACAGGAAGAGCGCAAGAUUAUAUUGGCGGAGGAAAAGGCUGUUGGGGAGAGGCAAACUCAACUGAACAUGGAGAAGCAAAAAAUGCUGGAGGAGAGAAGCAGUCUUCAAGCAAGUUUAGAAUCACUACACCAGGAGGUGUUGCAGCUCACUAGCAGUAAGGAGUCUCUGAAAGCUGAACUUGAACAAUUAAGUGCAUCACGAGCUGUGUUAUUGGAACAACAAGCAAAGCAGACAGAGGAGCAAAUGGCCACUGAGACCAUUGGACUUCGGCCUCGUACAUCAACGCCAGCACAUCACAAUGAAAACCACGAUGGUGAAACAAACACUGAAUUAGGCAGUAGUGAAGAUGAAGUUCUUCACCAUCAUAACUUACAUAGUCAAGAAGAAACAAUGCAUUUAACAGAGUUAGCUGCUCCUGUGGCUCGAGAUACACUCUCUAGCUAUGAAGUAGUUGGAGUUAGCACUGUGCUAGCAGAACAAGUAGGAGAGAAAGCAGGACAGGAAAAGCAUGAACCACAGACAUCAAGAAAACAGCAGAAACUACAAGGGCUGUCAACUAGCCGACAUCAGAAGAGACAAAAGACAUCAGAAAAGAGACGAAGCAGAAGGCGUACUGAAGUAGUGCAAAGGGUGGAUGAGCCAAUACGGGACUUGGCAGCACGUCUUGCUGUUCUCACUAGCAGGGCAACAACGAGUGGGAGACACGUAAAGAGCGUUCGUCAACCAUUACGUAGUGAUUUGCAUAAGGGUGAGGUGGAGAGUACUGUUGAUUCUUAUGUAUCAAGUCUUUCAAGUUUGCCAACUAGAGCCAUUAUUUCUGGAAGCCUUGAAGACAAUGUUGAAGAAGAGAUACAUCUACGUCAUGCCAGACAAACAAACAUUUUAGAUCUAAACGGUGUUGCAACCGAAAGCUCAGGAACUGAUCCGGAUACAGAAGGCUCUGACGUCUCUGCGUUGCAUCACAUUAGAGACAUGCCUGAGGAUUACUAUCGGUUUUCAUCUUCUGAGAAAGGACAUCAUGAGAGUAAAAGUAUUGUAUCGUUACUGCAUCGUGUCAAUCAUGAAUUGUCAUCAGUGUUGGCUCGGUUACAUUCAGCAGAUGCUGCAAAUGUACCUCCACAAACAAGAACAGCCUGGACUGAUGAUUCGGAUUUACCACAAAACAGACAUGUGAGUUUAACUUCUGCUGGCCAAGUUGACAUCGACAGUCGGUGGCAGAGAUACUUUGGUGACAGAGGUAAAUAUGUAAUGCCAACAGCUUAUGAGAAGACUACUUCCAAAUGGACCGAUGGUAGUCUACAGAGAACAUUACUUAUGCUUGAAGAACAAAAACAGUGGCUUGAGCAGUACCGACAGAGUAUCAGUCCACAAAGAGUUUUGUCAUCAGUAAGACCACUUGCAAGACAAGGUCUCCCUGAAUUCAUACCAGCAACAACUAGUAGUCUCAGGUCAUCUGCAAUUUCUCAUCUUGCAACAGGGAGGGCCUUAAGGUAUGGAUCAAGCAGGUUAGAAUUGGGAGAGAGAGAACUACAGCGAGUACCUGGAGUAUCCAGAUCAUCAUAUAGAUGGAGCUAAAGAAUGUAGCUGGGUGCUAAAUUAGUGGCCAGUGAUUGUGACGUGGGCAUCAGAACGAAUGCGUGAGUAGGCGUUUGUGUAUAUUGAUGGAGUAUGUGUGUGAAGAACUCUCUUGCACACGCAAUUCGUGCAGAAACGUUUGUAAAUAGAAAUUGUAUAGGAAUGACAUGUAUACUUGAACCUCGAAUCGUUUUUUUUUGUUAUAAUAUGCAAGCAACAUUAUUUUGGCAAUGAAUCUUACAACUUUACAGUGA